AAUAAAGUACUGUAUUAUGGAAUAUAAAUUAUAAAUCAAUGAUCUUGACCAUGGUAAUUGUUAUUGUGCUACAACAUAUAUUUGAAUAUUUUCUAUGGCAUGGUCGGUGGAGUUUCACCGUCGGAGACAGAAGAGAAGAAUGGUGGUGGAUAUCUUGCCGUUGAAAGUGUUACUGGCUGUGAGGCAAAGUCUAUCAAGCCAGAACUAGAAGUGCAAGCUGUACCAAUCACAGAUCCUUAUGGGCCUUCUAUUGUGGAUGUGGAUUUGGAGGCUGUGGUUGUAAGGUUUGUAAUCUGCAAGCUUGUGUUGUGCCAUUUUUAUUUGUUGUUUCCUGAUCUUGUUGAUCAUGAUCAUUAGAGUGUUGCUCUGAUAGAGAACUGAGCAGGUUCAUUACUAUCACAAAUUUUGUGAAUUCUUUUCAGUUUCUAAUAAUUUCAUUACUUCAUUGGUUAGCAUCC